AUGCUUCUAAGAAAAAUUCUGGAUAGUAUUAUUGGAAGAAUAUUGGAACUGAAACAAGAGAUGGUCAACCUGGAUGUGUCUGAAUAUCACUACAUUGACGAUGUCCUUUCCGAUCUUAAAAUAACACCAACGGAUGCUCAGAUUACCAUACCACGCUACUACGUUCAAGAUGCAUGGAAGGUUAUUCAAGAUCGCGCUGCCUUUUUGAGUACGAUUAGAACUAACUUUGAGGGAGAGGCCAAGGAGGAACCUUCCAAUCCGCACUACAUUACAACCGUAACCGGUCCCACAAAAAUGGCCAAAAGGAUUGAGGGACUUCGACGCAUAGCGCAAGCUAUGAAUGCACAAGAGUAUGAACAAGCCCUAGUCGCAAUUAAGGAGAAAAUUCGUCAGAAUGAAGGCGUCGAAAUGCAGGACAGAAUGCAAGAACAAAUUCGUCAGUGGUUUUUGGAAUGCCGAGAUGCAACUGGCAAGUUCCCUGACUAUCCGAGUGAAGAAGCCGGUGGUUCAUUGUGGGUCUUCAAACAAAAACCUCCCGAAAUGUUAGCUGCUGAAGAAGCUGCUCGCGAUGAACCCGAGGGUUGGAUGAUAGCACCAUCGGUAUUCCUUGAAGACCUCCGGAGUGGUUGCAAUGAAUACGAACAACUUUGGAAAUAUCGCGACGAAAGUAAUAAUUUUUUCCAAAGACAUGAAGAAGAACUGAUUGAAGCAGAUAAGCGGGCUGAGCUUGACCUGGAGAUUCGUGUUCACGUAGACGAAUUAAUGCGUCAAGAGCUGCGAAAUUUGAAAAUCGCGAUAGAUAAGGAAAAGCAGAAGCGAAUUCCAAAGAAGAAGCCCAAAAAGCAGAAGGGGAAGAAAAAGGGCAAAAAGGGAAAGGACCUAACUCCCGAUCGAAGGCGAACCAUUGAACUUCAUCAGAUUUUCAGAAGAACGCUAGGGCUUUCAACUGUGUACUCCUCUUUCUUCAGAACACUUGAGUCACUUUACGAAGAGCUAGUCAUGGAGGACAUCAUAAAACGGGUGGAAAAAGUAAGCCUCGCCGACUACUAUGGUGAAUAUUCGUAUCUGGGCUGCACACUGAGAGCUAAUCAGAUUGAACCACAACCAUCACUUAGCGAUGUCAAGCAACUGGUCACCCUCUACAGCAUCCUUCCAUUAGGUGAGUCAAAGAAGCCUCGCAAAGUAUUGUUUUAUUCGGUGAAGCCUUAUCUUGAAAAGCUAAUUAGCCUACCGAUUAACUGCGAGUUUGGAAUCAUUCCCACAGUAAAUUGGACUUAG